UUUUUUCUAGCAGCAUCAUUCGUCUUCAACCAGUCGAAGCAUCAACAUGCAGUUCGCUCUCGUACUCCUGAUCGCCGCUGUCGUGGUCGCCGAGCCUCCUCGGUACAGGCAGAACUACAAGUUCCAGAGACAAGAAGUCGCCCCUGAUAAUGGAGCUGCGCCCUACCCUGCAGCUGGCUUCAGACCUGCCAAGGAAUUCAACCUCCCAUCUCGCCAGGAAGUCUCGCCUCCGUCCACAUCCUACGGCAUCCCAGACAACAGCUACGGUGCUCCCGCCGAGACUUACUUGGCUCCUCAAAACGAAUACGGUCUUCCCGAGAAAGCGCCUGAGGCUGAAUACGGUGUGCCGGAGAAAGAGGACCCCAAAGAUGACGAAGAAGACCUCAAAGUGGAAGGUAUCAAGGAGAAGUUGCAAGAGGAGCCGAAGAAGGAUGCUGAAGUGGUGAGCGCCCAGGGCUCGUACUACGUCCUCUUACCCGGCUCACAGCUUCAGCGAGUCCAGUUCCAAACCGAGAAUGACGUAAGGAACAUGGCUUACACCGCCCGGCUCGAAUACAAAGACGAAGAUCGUGCCCCCAUCUACGUGUAUACAGCAGUGCCCCAAUACCAACCGUCCGCCGCUUACGUUCAGCUAUUUUUUAAACGGAUAGUGUACGAAAUGCAAUUUAAAUCGGGAUGAAUGUGUUAAAGGGAUCCGUGUUUCACAAAUUCGGGGCCUUGUCACGCAAUCCCGGGCUCCGGUAAUGCCAAAUAUAUUUAUGUAAUUUAUUCCGACAGUAAAUCCUGUGCUUCAACUUUA